CUUCUCGAGGAGAUGCGUUUGUGGUGUUUCCUAUUGUUCCCGGUUAGAAUCCUGCCAGCAACCUCAAAUCGAGUAUGGCUUUAAAGUGGAAUAAGAUUAGAAGCAAGACGGUCGAAAAUGAGACGAUUAAGGAUAUGGUGGAUAACAAGAAGCUCGGGCCAAGGAUUACUGCAGAAUCUUUGAGAGCUCAUUGCAAAGAUAACAAUUUAUACUUAACCCCCAAGCUCAACGAUGUUUUAUACCUGCAUUAUAAAGGAUAUAGUUUAAUUGAAAAUCUGGACGAGUACACAGGCCUCAGAUGUUUGUGGUUGGAGAACAAUGCGAUCCGGCGGAUUGAAAACUUGAACUAUCAAACAGAAUUGCGGAGUUUAUUCUUGCAUAAUAAUUGCAUCAGAACCAUGGAGAAUUUAGAGCACCUGCGGCAGCUCGAUACUCUGAAUCUCAGCCGAAACUACAUUUGUAAAAUCGAAAACAUAGACAAACUUCCGGUCUUGAACACUCUGGUGCUGAGUAACAACCAACUUUCAGUGUUGGAGGAUGUAGAGCAUUUGAAAAAUUGCGAUCAACUGUCGAUUUUGGAUUUAGGAAACAACACCUUGCGGGAUCCUCAAGUGUUGGCGGUUUUUGGUUCGAUGAAAAAUUUACGAGUCUUGACUUUGACUGGAAAUCCUGUAAUCAAAACAAUUCCAAGCUACAGAAAAUCGUUGAUAUUAAAUUGCAAACAUUUACAAUACUUGGAUGGACGACCAGUAUUUUCAAGAGACCGACUCUGCGCAGAAGCAUGGGAGAGAGGUGGUGCAGAGGAAGAGCAAAAAAUGAGGCAACAGUUGAAUGAACGAGAGCAAAGAGCUUUGACGGAGAGUUUUAAAGCGCUGGUAAAACUUAGAGACGACAGGAGAGCCAAAAAUGAGUCUCAAGAGCCAGAGAAGGCAGCUCAAGAUGAUUCAGCGCAACGAGAUCAGAAGUGUGAGGACCCAAAAGAAUCCCUUGAAAAUGAAGUUGCAUGCGAAAGUACGGGCGAGGAGGGGAAAUGCACAGAGUCCCAAGAAGACGAAAUUGAGGACUCGGAAAAGAUUCUCUCGGAAAGCUCCUCAGACCUUAAAAACUUGGAAACACUCGAUACGACAGACGACAGCUCAAAUGGUUGGACGAGAACAACCACAAAAUGUAGCUGUAGACACUGGGGAUUAUUAAGCGAGAGCGAGAGAGAGGGUCAUGAAUUCAAGAGUUGCGGCCCGUGCCACGCUGAAAAAUUAAGGGCAGAAAGAUCAUCACCCGAACACGAUGGAAAUCGAGAUACAGAGACUGACAACGUUCUAAAACCUGCAACCAAAUACAGGAUUGUCGAGGGGGUGGUUCAGAGGAUAGAGGACCAAAACACCAAUCAGAUCAUCGGAUCUGAUGUCAAAAGCAGAAGACUGUCCCCGAUUCAAACCGCAAGCACCGAUAAAAACAUUCAGGACCUGAACGAGAUGGAUUAUGCUCAAAUGCGGAUUUUACACUCUGACGCUAAUCAUCAGCCCCUCGAGUUGAAGAAAAUCCAAUGUCCAGAUGAGCUCAUUAUUGAACGAAAGCUAAGUCAUGAGCUUAUGAUGAAAGAAACCGGCCAAAACCCUAGCAUUCGAAAGCUCUCUCCAAUCAACGGAAAAUCUAAAAUCCAAGAACUUACUGAAGUGGAGCAGAAACCUCGGGGUGAACACAACGAGGGGGUCCAAACUUCAAGCGAGUCUGCGCCUUUCUACAAAUCAAAUACAAGUGCGAAGAAGUCUAUGAGAGUAAAAAAUGACUCUCUCUUAUUUUUAGAAGACAAGUUAGAACAGCCUCACACAAAAACAGGACUUUUUAGCGGUGCUGGUGACACCGUUUCGGGUAUUUUUUCGAAUUCUGGCCCUGACGGGAGAGCAGGAUCUCUCAGUGCCGGGCUGAAAAACGGACUUUUUCAAUUUUCGAAACAGGAGACACGACCGCAGACUGGUGAUCUGGAGAAGCGCGGAGUCAAAUUCAAGAGAGAUUUCGUGCAAGAAUUGUCGUCUUCAGAUCUGGAAAAAGUUCCGCCUGAAAAUGAAAAUUCUAAAAAAGACGAUGGAGAUGAAACGCUAGAGGAUGGUCGUCAUUUUUCGUUCGAGAAGGCAGUGGACUCGGAGGUUGUAUCAGGGCCGUUCGUGAUAAGUGUGAAGCGAAGAUCGUCUCCUCCUAACGGCUCAUUGAGGGUUAAAUCAAGUGAGCUCAAAGACCAACUUCAAGAUACAUCUGAUCGUGACAAAAAUUAUAAUAUAAACGGACCGAAACAAAUUAAUCGGGAAGUCUCUGAGAUAGGAAAACUCGUAGAAACAGUUUCGACUCCGUCGCAGUCGCAACUUUCAGCUGAGGUGAAACAAAAAGACGUAAAAUGUCCAGAGAUGAGCUCAUUUGAUGCAAAUGAGCGGGUCUGGGAAGAUGGAGGAUCGGCAGAUGGUCAGAGUCCCAUCUUCGACGAAAGCACGGACGCUGAAAUUAUCUGCGGGCCGACUUCGAUGAACUGCUCAAAGACAUCCAAAGAUCAAGAUCCACCUUCUACGAACAGAUGUAAGAGCGGAAGUGCGGUGAGCCAGUUUCCGCCUGUUACCGAAGGUGUGAUUCAUCGCAAGGAAAAAAGAGCGCGUGCAGAAAUGAUUGACGUCGACGAACUCCAACAGAAACUGCUCGAAAACGACCGGGAGGCGAAGUUUGAAAUUUCAAUGCAUAAGGUGAAUCGGAAGUGA